AUGGGCCGUCUGGCUUCAGUUGUUGCAAAACAGUUACUUUCGGGUCAGAAGGUCGUGGUAGUUCGUUGUGAAGAGAUAAAUGUCAGCGGAUCACUUUUUAGAAAUAAACUGAAAUACCAAAGAUUCCUGAGACUAAAGACCAAUACGAACCCAGCCCGCGGUCCAUUUCAUGUUAGAAGUCCUUCAAAGUUUUUCGCAAGGGUAGUCAGAGGUAUGCUUCCUCAUAAGACGAAGAGAGGAAAUACUGCUCUAAAACGCCUUAAAACCUAUGAAGGAGUUCCACCCAAAUACUCAAAAGUUAAAAAACAUGUCGUUACAUCAGCUUUGCGCUUCCUUAAACUUAGACCCGGUAGACGUUUUGCACGUUUAGGUGAUGUUUUAACCAAGGUUGGAUGGAAUUACGACGGCCUGGUUAAGAAGCUUGAAGAUCGUAGGAAGGAACGUACACAAGAGUAUUAUAAGGCAAAGACUCGUGAAAGAGAAAAGACCAGAAAGGCUAAAUUAGCCGCACUCGCCAAACUUCCUGAAGACUCAAGAGCACUUUUAACCGAACUUUCCGCAUAA